CAGAAAUCGUAUGCAGUCGUAUGCGUGAACGAAUCGCAAGAGAGUUCCACGACUGAGGCUCAAUAAUUUCAAAUUUCGAAAGUUUACAUCCGGCGGACAGAAUCGAUGCUGUCGCAGCGCCCGUUACGUUCGUGGCGCAAAACGGGCUCGUGUAAUAGUUCGUGACGUGUCUUUACUGGAGUUGUUCAUUGUUUGGCAGACAAAUUUACAUGUUUAUAUCAAGAUAUACUACAAUAUUUACUCCAAAUUGUUGCCUGAUACUUUAUUGAACACAAAGAAAUGGUAUAAAUCACAUAACAAUAUGUCAUUAUUAUGAGGAAGCAAAGAAGGAGUUUUUGAUAAGACAAUUAAUGACAUCUUUAAUUAAGGGAAUUAUAAAAAUAUGCUACAUAUUCUCUACCAAGCACAAUGUUUAAAUUGGAGUCCUACAUAACACCAGUAAUUCUCAGUUAUGUAGAAAAAUAUGUAAAAAAUUUUAAACCAGAACAGUCACAGGUAUCUUUAUGGGGUGGAGAUGCAUCGUUUCAGAAUUUGGAUCUACGAUUAGAGGUAUUGGAGGAGCAACUGAAUCUUCCAUUCGUCUUUGUUAGUGGCCAUAUACACGAAUUGUUAAUACAUGUUCCUUGGGUAAAAAUUACGUCUGAACCAAUAGUUGUUACUAUUAAUACUAUAGAGUGCAUUUUAAAAUUAAAAGAUGAAAAUACCAUAGAAAGCAAUACAACGACGUUACAAAAGAAGAAGGAGAUAGUGCAAGAAGAAGCUCCACCUGGGUAUAUAAAGAGUGUAGUUACGAAAGUUAUUAAUAAUAUCACCAUUCAUUGCAACAAUCUCAUUUUAAAAUAUGUGGAAGAGGAUAUUGUUCUUAGCAUAAAUGUCAGAUUUUUAAGUAUGCAAACCGUCGACAAUAAAUGGGAACCAGCGUUUGCUGAGGUCAACACUCAAGAAGUGAUGCUUAGAAAAGUUAUUACUAUUCAAGACUUGACAUUGUGCUUAGAUAAAAUGGAUGCAUCAGGAAAGAUAGAGAUAUAUCAGGAUCCUGUUUUGUAUCGAUGUUCAAUGACAAUCCGAAUGAUUAUAAAUUAUCAUAACAACACUUUAAAGAGAGCAUCUAUUACGAGACUUGAUCUUCAUUGUGAGAAAAUGGAAUUUAGCAUGACUGAACAACAAGUACCGAUGCUCCUAAGAUUGAUUGCCUUAGUAAUGGCGUUACAAACAAAGCAAUUUCCACCAAUAAAGGAAAAAUCCUCCAUUAUUGUGGAUGAGAGAGAAGAUGUUGUACAAGAUGAUACAAAUCAGGUAGCAGGGACUUCCACAGAUGCAGUUGGAUGGGGUGGUUGGGCUUGGGAUAUAAUUUCAUCUGUUCUACCUGUCUACUGGGACAAUAAUUGGUCUGCUGAGCAACAAAUGGCAUAUUCUGGUCAUACUAUACAUUUAGGUGUUUAUAUAGAUGAUGCUACUUUAACAUUUAAGACUGUUGAAAGUGUCAAAGAGCAAUUAUUUUAUAAAUCUCGAAAACUUAGGUACAAAUCCUUUUUAUCACUUCGAUUAAACGGAGUUGUGACAGAUACUUUAAUUCAAGGAAUAACAAUGACAACUUUCCAAGUUGGAGUGGCGUGUGUACAACUUUAUCCACGAGGAACAUGCAGCUGUGGACAUAUAGAAGUAGCUGAUGGUGUACAGCCACCUCUUUACGUAAUAGCUGGGAACUUGAAUACUGACCACUUAAAAGAUUCAUUGUUUGACAAAGAAGCCACGGAAAAUAAAGGGAAAAAAAGAGAUUAUAAGCAAGGAAUAGAUCAUUACUUGACGACAAUUUCGGUUGACAAAUUAUUAGAAAGAUGUCCAGCAUUUGUGAUGGAUUAUGUUUAUUACGUAGAAUUACCUGACGAUAUAACGCCUGAAAAAUUACUCGAAUUUGGUUCAAAUUUUGAAUACAGCAAUUUCCAGGAACGCAGAGUAAUAAGAUAUGUAACUGGAGAUUUGACAAUCAGAUUAUGUUCCGGUAUUUUUCAUCGUAUUGAUACCAUCAAACAAGCUGCCGCAAAAUAUGAUUAUAAUCCUUAUCUUGUAAUGAAACCAGAUCCUCUUAUUGAUGAAUUGCCUCUUGUUACAUUGGAAGAAUAUGAAGCACUUAAAGAAAACAUAUCAAUGAUAGAAACAAAAUUUGUAUUAAAAAGGGCGUCACUACAGUUACAAUUAGCAGAUCAUUGUGUCAUUGGAGUGCCACGACAACGUAAAAUUAUUGAAACUCGAAUUAUACCUCCAUUACCUCCAGCUCUAACAGAUGAUCCUUAUGUAAGCGUUGAAUGCGAUGAAGCAAUUGCCACUAUAGUACAGCCUAUGUAUCCGUUUAGACUCGUAGCUUGUGCAUCAAAAUUAACAGAACUGUCACCAGAAAUGUUCAUUCAGUGCCAUGCGGUUACUGAUAUACAAGUGAUUGGAGUGAAAAGUCAACUUCACUUAAUGAAAACUUGCGACACUUUAAUAGUAAUGCCUCACUCAGUGAAAACUUCCUCAAAAAUAUUAUUAUAUCCUCAGUAUUGGCGAGAUAUAGACAUGAUUCAAAAGGCAUAUUCCUUUCAAUCAGAUAGUGUUACUAUCACGGGAACUAAAGCAAAAUUAAUGGCUGUUGCGGCUAUAAUAACUUCCAUUUUUAAUCCUGCAGAUACAACGAAUCCACUUGUCUGUUCUACUCUCUUUAAUGAUGCGUGUCAAGAGAAAUGUCCAGUGUACUUAGAAUUAUGCUUAGAAAAUAUAAAUUACAAGAAUGUAUCGUCUUCAGUUACGAUAUCAAACGAAGUCAAUAUAAGUUCUAUAAAAAUAUUUGCAUUCAAUGAUUCUCAACAAGCCUUUAUUCUUUCGGGGCCAGAAAAUCAUGAUAGCAGUGAUGCAGGAAAUGUACCGCUGUUGUCUAUUGUAAUACAGUUUCCUAAAAGUAUUGAAACGCAAACACAUCCAUCUCUCGUUUCAUUUAAAAUUUCUGAAAUUAGAGCAUCCCUAGACCCACUUUUUUUUGAAUGGUUGGAAUAUUGUGCCACUUAUCACAAAUUGGGAAAUGUAUAUGUAUUGCGUUCAGACAGCCAACAAUUGAUUACUGAAGGUACAUCAUCUGAUACAGGCACACGAAAAAAGACAUUUCCGAGUCUACAUGAAAGCGUGCAUAGUUCGUCGGACAAAGAGAAAAAAAGAUCAGCCGUAACAGAAAAAUCGAAAACACUACGAAAUGAUGAAAUACAAAAGAAAAAUGAAUUUAAAACGGAAGGAGAACAGCAGAAAUCGGGGAUACUGGUCAGAUUAGCAGAGUCGUAUUCGUGGUGGUGCAGUCUUGUGCUGAAUGGUUAUAUAGGACAUAUUAUAAUAUAUAUUCCGUCUGAUACAAUGAGUGGUAUUGGAGCUGAUGGCAUAGAACAAGCCAAAGAUAGAGCUUUCAUAGAAAAUCAAGAUCUACAAAUAAUGAUAAUAAAACUACCGAGUCUUCUCAUACAUUCAUCUAAUCUGAAUACUGAGAUAUUGAACUCAUAUCUACAAAAUCUUCCUGCUAAAUUACCAGAAUCUAUAUGGACAUAUCAAAUGCAAAGUUUUCCAUGGACAUUGAGUCUUAUCGAUUUUCAUUGUUACACAUUGCAACAACAAACACAAAAGAACUUUAUAAAGAAAGUUACAUUAAAUGCUACGGUAGCUCUUACAACUAAGACAGCUGCGACUGAAUUAAAUACACUUACUGCUUUAAGUGCUUGUGUACACAUUGAUAAUUCGCCUAUCAUUAUUUCAUUUUCGGAGGAUCAGGUUAUUUUUAUGAGCAGUAUAGUUUUAAAUAUCAUCAAAAUAUUACAAACUUUUUGCGGCUCCCGGAAAGACAACGUAAUUGUACCACAGAGCAACGAAAUGCAAAUUGUUCUUCCUGCUAUACCUCAAACUCCGUCCACUCCGACCCAAAUAAUGUAUCAAGAAGAUACUAAUUCAACUAUGUCUACAUCAAAAGAUGAUUUAGGACAUGAAAAAGAUGGUUUAGUUGUAACGGCAUGGAUUCAGUGGACUAUAACAAAAGUAGCAAUUAAAUUAUACAUUAUGGGACGAGAAGACACGCCUUCUUUAAAAUUAGUGUUAGAACUGGAAGAUAUUAUAACAUCAUUAGAUUUACAAUCGGUUUAUAUGCAGUUAAAAAAUAAAAUUACAACAGCCACGAUAUUUCAUUAUGUUAGAGGUCCACAUGCAUUAAAUUGGGAUGUUGGUGAAUAUGCUGGGCUAGUACUCUGCGGAAGAGAAGAUAAUUUGGAGAAAGGUGAUGAUUCUGGUUUUGUAAGUUUUACACUUACUCGUGCAAAAUCUGGAAAUGUAUACACACGUUGGGGUACUCACAAACGUUACAAGCCUCAAAAGAAAGAAAUGCUGCUUGACUCUACGUUAUCUACGAACGGCUACAUUUCUGAAAUACUUAUCAAAAUGCAAAUGGUCGAUAUAAUCUUACCAAUAAGUGUAAUUAGCAAAUAUGCUGAAUUGAUGAAACCUUUUACGUGCCUUGGUUCAUCUAUUGAGAAAAACACAGAAUCUAUUUGUAAUAAAAACAUGGCAACACCAUUAGUUGGUGUAACCAACUUAAAUAAUGAAUUAUUGCCACUGAUACAUUUGGAAUUCAAAGGUUUUCGUCUCAUGAUGCCAGCUUUUACUGAUACGAAUAAGUUACAACAUGAUUUAUUAAUGCUUCAGUUGGACGGGAUUCGUAUUACGCCAGAUGCAGAAAAUCCAAUUUGUAGAACUCCAUUGCGAACUGAUAUAUAUCAAUUGGCUGCUCGAGCAAAUAUAUUAAACGUACCAGGUUCAGCUGUAGAAGAUCGUCAGUAUCAAAUUAGUGUUAAAGGAGUAUGUGCAUAUACCACUACAUGGAAGAAUUAUCAACUAAGCAUUAAUAAGAGAAUGUCUCAAUCGUACUUAUAUACAAUGAACGAGAAUCCAGCAUUGGAAUGGAAUAAGCUCGGGAAUGGUAGUAGUCUAGAUCCAUACUUUUCAACAUCUCCAGUAUUAACAAAAUUUGACCUUAGCUUAAUUAUUGCCCCAGCUGUCACAUUUAAAGGAGACACAAUAGUCUGUGGGAGUGCCGUUGAAGUAAAUUGUAUUACAGACAUAGAAUUGACAAUAAAUUUGGAUCAAAUUAAAUUAAUAUCAACGCUCAACAAUGAAUUUGUAACGUUACUAUCUGGAAGUUUCGAAAGAAUAGAUGAUAAAAAUAGUUUUAAUAAUAUAGCUCAAAGAUCUCUUUCAGGAUCUCAAAGCAUUAAGCCUAUUAAAGCCUGGUUGAAACAAACAUCAGAUGAUUCAGAUAUUGAUUUCACAAAAGACAGUGGUGUCGAUUUUGAAAUGUCCAGCAUGCAUUCAACAAUAAUUGGAAGACCCACUGCUGAAACUAUGAUACUUCCACCAUUUGAAUUUUUAGUAAAUUGUGGAAAAGUAACAUUUAUUCUGUAUGAAGUCCAGAGUACAUUUGUUGAUUUAGAGGAUAAUGUAGAUACACACAAAACUGACGGUGAAGACGAUAAUAAUAAUGUAAAACAACCAUUACUUUAUCUAAUGAUCAAUCAACCAAAUAUUUAUUUCUCUCAGCAACAUUUAUCUAAAAAAAUACAAAUAUCUUGUUUCGAUAUAACAACAGCACUUGGCAAUGUACAAAAUCUAAACGCAAUACCGACCGAAAAAGAUUUCAAAAUUUAUAUGAUAGAAACAAAACAUGGUGAUCCACAUCCAGAUACGGGUAUCCCGCCUUCUUUUGCGACAGUAAAAUCUGAAAUGAUUUUAGGCAAAAACCGCCAGUUUUUCAUUGAAAUGGGACGACCGACAAAAGUACAUCUUUCUUUAUCUCGGCUUAACCAACUCUAUGAUAUACGGAAUAAGCUAGUAUCGUGUUUUAUUGAUGACAAUGUUACACAAGUAUCUACAGAGGAACAGGAGAUUGUGCAUACGGAUUCUCAAAAUUUAGUAUCGUUGACAAAAUCGAGGAAAUUCAGUGUACCUGAUCUACAUUUAAAUACUAAACAAAUUGUAUUAUCUUUAAAGACUGACACUGGAGCAGAAAUUAUUAUUAGUUUAGCAUCGUUAAAUGGAAACCUGUCGACACUUCUCAGACCAGACAGGAUAUAUUCAAAUCUGUCCAUAGAUUCUUUCAUUGUAUCUGCUAUCUUAAAUGGGAAUAUCAAAGUACUAUUAAACCCAUGGUGUUGCAAUGUAACGACUUGUUUACUUUGGGAAUCUUCGUACAAUAGCGAGAUUAUUCCACAAAUACAAAUACAGGCAGACAGUGAGAGCCUAUAUCUAGAUUUUGGACCGGAUCAAAUAAAAAUUAUGAAAAUGAUUAUGCAGGACUGCCAGUUGCUCUUAAGCGAGCUUGCUUCGGUUUCUACGAAUGAAAAUAAAAAUGAAAAGCAAAUUGUGUUAUCGACUGAACAACACUACAAGGAUGAUCUAAAGGCGGGUGCAUUCCAAUUCGUUGAUGGCACUGCGGAUGAGUUACCUUUUCCGUAUCAAGUGGUAUUUUUUGUUUAUCCUCAACAAGCGAUGGCUUGGAGAUAUCCGCAAUCGCGUAUGUUAACAAGGAUACAUAUAUCUCCUGUUCCAUUUGAAGCAGUGGAUGCCGACGGUGAUUACAUCGACAAAAUUCCUUGCGUUCUCGAAUAUUGGAGUGAUAGUCACAUGUCAUACCAGCGUUACGCCGAUUUUUAUUUAUCGGAAACCGAUUCCUAUCGAUUGGAUCUACCGGAGAAAGCACCGGCACGAGCAGUAGCUUGCGUGUGGCGCGUAGUUAUCCUGUCUAACGGCAAACGACCACUCUCAAAAAGCAUCGUUUCCGCUCGUGCUCUCGCUGCCUGCUUGCGCAUCGACUCCUACUUUAAUCCCUUAUUAAUACCGAAUAUUCAAAUUGCUUUAAAUAUCGGCGUUCUCCAUGUAUCUCUGUACAAUCACAUCGAUACAAGUGUAUAUAAUAAUUUGCCGCCACCACUGGAUAAGUAUACUCUAAACGGAAAAAUUCCCGAAAUACAAUGUUUCAUGUCCGUAGAACAGAAGGGAGCUGUUCUGGUAUUUAACAAAUGGAUAGAUGAUUCUAUACUGCUCGACAUCGGCGGUAGUUUAAGCGUACACGUGUUGGAUUAUAGUCAUUUGACUAUGCAGGAAGUGCUAGAUGCCUUGGAAGGAAGAUUUCAGUUAUCGUUAUCGGAAAAGAUAGACUCGUCAUUAACGUGCAAUCCGUUUACAUUAAAAUUGGGACCAGCGAUAACUCACACUCUUGCAGUUUCUACUCGUUUAUGGCUGGCAUCUUUCGACGAAGAAGAAAAGAGCGUAAUUGUCCUAACACGUUACGUAAUAGCCAACGAUAGCAACAUACCUAUACGUUUUGGUCAAAGUGGCACUGGAGAUAGCAUACUUCUCGAGAGCAGGCAAUGUAAUUUUUAUUCUUGGAGACAGAUUGGCAAUCAAAUGAUAAGGAUAUCAAUUGAGGAGAACGCCUGGAUAUGGAGCCGGUCUUUUCCCGUUAACAAGGAUGGAGUCCAAGUGAUAGAAUUCAAUAAUUCAAUGAUUAGUACGGUGGUCUUCGUAAACGUUACGUCGCUUUCUGCCACACAAAAGCUUGUAACAUUCUCGGGGCAACUUGUGAUUUCCAAUCAACUAAUGGAUAAUUUCGAGAUGAGAUUAGUAAAAUACGAAGAAGUUGGCUCUAAGGUAAUAGUCUCCAAGAAAGUGUAUACCAUACCGGGCAAGAGUUUUCCGUCGUCUAUCAUGCUUGAGAGUAACAAAAAAAUGGCAAUGCGGUUACGUUUCACCAACUUGACGCAUUUAUCUUGGACCGGGGACAUUCCAUUGCAACCCAAUAUCAAAUGGGGCCAGCCGUGGCUCGUCAAAGUACCUCUACAAGAACGCGGUCAAUUUUUGAGUAUCUGGGUACGGAUUGUGAUGCAGAUGAUACAAGACAAAAUGAAAAUCCUUGCAGUAUUGAGUCCCCUGUACAUGAUCAGAUCACACCUACCAGUACCAGCCAGAGUACAGAUGGAAACACCGUCUCUGAAGAUGUCAUCUUGCACAAUGGUGAACGGUCGUGGCGAAUGUCAACAGCUGUACUGCCCCGGUACAUUUGAGCACUUCCACCAGCUGACGUUUCAAUUGGAAUCCGGAGUCUCCGCGUCGAAUCCUUAUGUGCCGCUUUCGUACAGUUCCGUGGAUCAACGAAAAUUUUUCCGAAGACCUGACGUUGAGGAUAUCGAUAAAAUUCUGCAAGAACUCAAGGACAGAAAAGAUCAAGUAAAAUGGCCUUUCCAAGGAGACGAUAUUGAGGAAUGGAUAUCUGCAGAACAGCCGCAGACGCAUGUACAAGUGAAAUAUCAGGACGCAGGAUUGGUCUCCAGCACUCUGCUGCUAGAACUGCAGCCUUGGUGUUUUGUAAUGAAUUCGUUAGGCUGUCACAUCUCAUUGGUGUCAGAGGAUACAGAGCUCUGUCAGAUUCCUCACUACGGCAUAGUCACGCCACCCAAAUUGGAGAAUACCUUUCACGUGGGUGUCGGAAUCGGCGAUACUUACUACACAUCCCAAACGUUGCAAUUGGCACGACCCGACUGGAGCCAGAGCUUUUAUAUGCCUCGAAUCUGCGGUUUCGUGCCGGUAGAGGGGAACAUCAAGACAUUCGUGGAUUGCGGCACGAGUGUGUCCAUCCUAAACAUCGGUUCUUCGAUGCACGAAGAUAUGCGUCUAGUGCGGAUCACAAGCAGCCACGUGAUCGCGAAUCUGACACCUCAAGAAUUGUGCGUGGCCACGCUCGCGGUGCACGAGGAAGCGCGGAAUCUCCAGUUGCCCCAUGAUCUCACUCCCUGCAGCCUGAAUAUCUCACCGUCCGAGGAUCAGAGACAGGGUACGCCGAUCGUGCAAUGGUAUACCUUGUACACGGAGAGUAACGUCGAGCCGCUCGUAUUGUACAUAUCUCUUAGUCUCGGCCACAGAUGGUCCUGUCCGAUCAGAGUGGAUCAAGUUAUGAGCCGCAAAUCCGUCGUGAUUCCAAACGGUUGUUCCACUAUGCCGGUCAUUGUAACGACGCAGGAAGACAAAGGCACCACGUUCGUCGUGAUACACAGCGAUGAUCAUCCGCAACUGUUAAUUGAGAACGCCUGCGGCUUCAAAAUCUUGCUGGGACAAGCCGAUGAAAAAGGGAAUGAGAUAUUACCGGAUAGCGUUCAUUUUACAUGGAUAUGCGAAGUCGACAGUGGAGCAACGUCCCACUAUUCUCUUCCCUGUGUCAGUAACAGACUACCCGACACUACGGUUCCAAGCGCAUCGAAUGUGUUAUUUUCUACCGCGCAAAACGAUGAAGCAAUAGGGAAAGCAAAUUUAAAGUGGUCAAGAGGCGUAAAUCUGUCCGCAUUGUCAUCUACACCAAUAGAUCAGUACCUGCGAUUACCUUCGUAUGGUGAUGUAAAGCUUAUAAUGUAUAAUCGCUGCUAUACCACUCACAUAAGCAUCGUGCCUAUUUCCCAAAUUGAAAUAUCAGCUCAAGACAUUAGGAGCAGAUUGUUACGAAAAAAGAGCACAGCGAAGGAUCACGACACCAUAUACAAUAAUCCUCCUUCAUUGAAGAGACUAGAAGAAGAUAAACUGUUACUGUAUGUACAAAGUUCGAGUAGCUCAACAUCAUUAACGAGCUUUUUCUCAGCUCAAGAAGAUAUUUUGACGACGGAACAAAUGCCCUUGAACAAUGCAAAGCAAUUAGUUCCUAAGAUAACGGAUACAAAAACUUGCACUAACGAAGAUCGGUUGAAAUCUAUCGAUGACACUAAUUCAACUCAUUCGAAGGAAGGUUCUGCAAUCGUUUACUUGCGUGCUUGCACUAUCGUUAUCCUUCAUGAUAUUAAUGAAAACGCACAAAGAAUCGAAGUCGCCAGUCUAUCUAUGACAGAUUUAGUUACGACUAUAAAUUCAAAAGCCAGAUUUAUUAAUUUCGAUUGUUACAUAGGCGACUUACAAUUAGAUAAUCAAUUAUUUGAUCAGGGAGGUUUCGAUUUCCCCGUAGUAUUAAUAAAUCAAAAUCCAUUGCCCAAUAGAGAAAUGGCAUUUUACAGCAAUAACUGUUUAAUGACGAAUAUGGAAAAAAUCAAACAAGAUUCUUUAAUAACCAUCGAGUACGUCUGGGAAAUAAAUGAAAAUAUCAUAGCAUCAAAAGAAUAUCGCAUGAAGAUUGCACCUAUUAGUGCAUAUAUUGAGGACACUUACAUAACGCAAUUAUUAGAUUAUGCGACUUCGAUGAUACCACCGCGACUGGUUCUGGGUGAUAAUCUUAAAAAGAUACAAACAAUAGCUGCGUUAAACGCAAUGUACAUACCAGAGUAUAUCAUGAUCGAUUCAAAAAUCUUAAGCAAACCACUAAGAUUGCAAAACUUCGUGAUAGAACCACUAUCAAUUUUAUUAAGUGUUCACACUUCUAUGCGACUCUACGUUGCUUUAGAUCAUUCCCCACUGUACUUCGGUACUUUCGAAAGGAAGAACUUGCUGACAACUCCUUACAGGCUUGGCAAUGCACUUACCAUGCAUUAUUUAUCUGGAGCUAUAUUUGGAGCAGGUUGGGUAGUUGGAUCAUUAGAGAUACUUGGAUCACCGGGAGGUUUGGCGCAAGCACUUGGAUCCGGUCUUAGAGAUUUUGUUUCACUACCAUUUCAAGGACUAUUACAAGGCCCAUGGGGUUUUAUCGUUGGAAUUACACACGGGUCAGCCAGUCUGAUGAAACAUGUCACAGCAGGUACGGUAAAUUCCGUAACGAAAUUAGCAUCUAGUGUCGCACGGAAUUUGGAUCGUCUAACAUUGGAUGAGGAACAUCUUCAGCGACAAGAAGAAUCGCGCAGAAUACGUCCUCAAGGCAUGGCACAAGGACUUUAUCAAGGCUUAACUGGUCUUGGAAUGAGUCUACUUGCGGCUGUGGCGGGCUUGGCACAUCAUCCUUUGCAGCAAGUGUGGUCAGGCGAAGUGACGACCAAAAGUUUAGUCACUGGAGUUGGACUCGGUUUAGUUGGUGUUGUUACUAAACCAUUGAGCGGUGCCGCGGAGUUGGUUGCUCUUACAGGUCAAGGAUUACUGCAAGGAGCUGGAUGGAAUUCAUUGCCCACGCCACGUCAAAGACCAAUCGUGCAGUACACUACUGGCAAUAAUAGCACAUCUGUACGGUAUACCUGGCGCUUGUCACCUUUACUCGAUCACAGUCACGACAGUAUCCUUCACGUGACCAGCGCAGACUACGUGAUUCAUCAAGGCAGUAAUCGCGCAGUGACGCUCGUCCUCACGCGACAAGCUUUAUUACUCGUUAACAUGGCGGAGGACAGUGUAGAACGGAUAUUUUCGCUCAAAGAACUAACAAGUGUUGAUCAUAUCACAGAAUCGACGAUGUUGUGCUUAUAUUGUCCACCAACAGCAAUACAAUUGAGCAGACCAUUAUCACCGGCUGAACACGAAAUGAAUCAAGAAAUGAGAGCACGAGUUGAGGAAUAUGUGCGGACAAGCAGCACUGGUUUGGCCAGUGUAUCAACCAAUAGCGACAGGCAGUCUGAUACCUUUGAGAGAGCAUCCCCACAUCCAGAACAUACACUUACGUUUUACGUUUGCCCAGACACUCGUAAUUAUUUAUUAUCGCUAUUCAACGUUGCCAAACGACAAAAUCAAGGUUCCGGUUUCACCGUUUUAUAA